AUGACUGAUGACGACUUGAAAAACCUCUGCCUUAUUGAGAUUGAGAAGAUACUCAACAGCAAUGCGAGAUCUUUAAGAGACUAUCAAUCAAUGCCAUAUCCUGAGAUGUCUCAUGUUCGCCUUUUUCAGAAUAAGCUAAUAGAGGAGGAGUUAGCAUAUGACACAAAUGAGUUGACUCAUACAAACUUAUAUACAGAACAAAAGAUGACUCAUGAGCAAAGGUUAGUAUUUGAUGAGAUACUCAAUGCUGUUGUUACAGACUCUGGUGGUUUUUACUUCGUUUAUGGGCAUGGUGGGUGCGGUAAGACAUUUAUUUGGAAUGGACUUUCUUCUGCUAUUCGAUCUAGAGAAAAAAUUGUUUUAAAUGUCGCAUCCAGUGGAAUUGCUUCUUUACUCCUACCUGGUGGCAGAACGGCUCAUUCUAGAUUUUCAAUACCCAUUACAAUUACUGAUGAAUCUACUUGCAACAUCAAGCAUGGCAGUUUGAAGGCUGAGCUGCUCAUCCAAAGUAGCUUAAUAAUUUGGGAUGAAGCUCCAAUGCUCAAUAAAAUGUGCUUUGAAGCACUUGAUCGGACGCUCAGGGAUCUUAUGUCAGUUACCGAUCAACAUAAGAUACAUCAACCAUUUGGUGGUAAGGUUGUUAUUCUAGGAGGUGAUUUCAGACAGAUACUUCCGGUGAUUCCGAAAGGAAGUAGACACGAUAUAUUGGCAUCCGCUAUUAACUCAUCCCAUCUGUGGUCAUUUUGUAAGGUUCUGAAACUGCAUACGAAUAUGAGGCUUCUAAUGUCUUCUUCGGAUCAAGAUGAAGGUGAAAUGAAGAGAUUUGCUAAUUGGAUACUUGAUGUUGGAAAUAGAAAUAUUGGCUCUGUUGUUGGUGAUGAAUCAGAAGUUGAAAUUCCAAAUGAUCUAUUGAUUACAACUACUGAUGACCCUCUCUCUCAUUUGGUAGACUUUGCAUAUCCAAAUUUGUUGCAAAACAUGUCAGAUUACAGGUAUUUUCAGAGUAGGGCAAUUCUUGCACCCACGCUUGAGAGUGUCGAGAAGGUAAACGAUUUUGUCUUGACAAUCUUUCCAGGGAUGGAAAAGGAGUAUUUGAGCUCUGACACAACAUGUCAAGCUGAUGAGAAUGAAGAUGUACAACAAGAGUGGUUCACACCAGAGUUCCUAAAUGACAUCAAAUGUUCGGGACUACCCAAUCACAAGUUGACUUUGAAGCCAGGAGUCGCUGUAAUGCUACUGCGAAACAUAGACCAGACUUCAGGUUUAUGCAACGGGACAAGAUUAAUAGUUAACGAACUUGGCAGCAAUGUAAUUGGAGCGACAGUAGUGACCGGUAGAAAUAUUGGAGAUAAAGUGUACAUUCCAAGAAUGAACUUGAUCCCUUCAGAUUCAGGAUUGCCAUUUAAGUUCCAACGGAGACAAUUUCCAUUGACAGUAUGCUUUGCAAUGACCAUUAACAAGAGUCAAGGUCAAUCAUUAUCACAUGUAGGGCUUUAUUUGUCAAAAUCAGUGUUUACCCAUGGACAACUUUAUGUUGCUUUGUCAAGAGUUAAGAGUCGCAGUGGGCUCAGGGUUUUAAUUCUAGAUGAAGACGGCAAUCCAAAGUCAUUAACAACAAAUGUCGUGUUCAAAGAGGUUUUUAAUAAUAUUUAG